AAGUCUGCUUGCAAUGAGCAAUGUUCGUAGUUUGAAAAAUAUGUAACUGCAUAGACUUUAAUCUCGUUUUUAUGUCAGUAAAACUGCCUCAUAGAGAAGUUCUGUUAAUAUCGACGUUCCUGCAGUUUUCAAAAUGUUAAAAUCAUUCGAUUAGUCGAAAUACUGAAAAUCAAUUGAUAACAUCAUAUCAAAUUAUGCGAAUGAGUUCAAAAAAUGUACCUUGACGUUCACUUGAACUCAACGAUCAUUCAAACCAAAAAAAGUCAUAUAACCAAAAAAUAAAAGAAGAAGUAUUGUAUUUUAUCAUACAUUUGCUACUUAUGAUUGCAAAGUUUAUCAAAAUAACUAUACUAAUUUUAAAGUAAAUAGAUAUCAAUAAACAUAUAAUAACUUAUCUCCUCGCAUUUGAAAGCGUGGUGAAUUAAAAUCAGGAUUAGAAAUUUAAUUUUAAAUAUGUCAUAUUCUGAGAGUUACAUAAAAGACAAAUUAAUCAAAGAAUUAAACGCUUCACACGUGGUAGCUAAAUGUUAUUUCUGAAAUAUAUUUCUUAAUCAAGAGCAUGUUUGCAAAUAUAAGCUGUUGAAGCUUACUCAACAUAUAUGAUGCAAGAAAAUACACAGAUCUUGUUAAUCUCACUAUUUGCUCUCCUUUUGAGAUGGUGUGUUACAUAUCAUUCCUACAGCGGUGAAGGAAAGCCUCCAAUGUUUGGAGACUAUGAAGCCCAACGGCAUUGGCAAGAAAUAACGUUAAAUGUGCCAAUUGAGAAAUGGUACAUAAAUACAACAAAUAAUAAUUUACAGUAUUGGGGAUUAGACUAUCCACCAUUAACGGCUUAUCAUAGUUUAGUGAUGGGCUAUGUUGCCAAUAUGAUUAAUUCUUCUUACAUAAAGUUGCACGAAUCUAGAGGUUUCUCAUCUGAAAGUCAUAAAUAUUUUAUGAGAAUCAGUGUUAUUUGUGUAGAUAUUUUGAUUUAUAUUCCAUCAAUAAUAUAUUUUAUAUUAACUAAUCAAGUAUCUGAAAACUUUGAAAAAGUAGAAAUGUCUAUAUUUGGUCUGAAAAGAAAACAUAUUAAUCUUUUGCUUAUAUUAAUAUAUCCGGGUUUAAUAUUAAUAGAUCAUGGACAUUUUCAAUAUAAUUCGUUUUCAUUAGGACUGUUCAUUAGUGCUGUUACAGCUAUACUUCAAAAUUCGUUUAUUAUUGGGUCGAUCUUAUUUGUUGCAGCACUAAACUAUAAGCAAAUGGAACUUUAUCACGCAUUGCCAAUUUUCUUUUACAUACUUGGAAAAUAUUCACCUAUGAAAAAACGGUUUAGGUUGUUUAAUUUAGUAAUGAUCUUCUGUAUAUCAAUUACAGUACUUUCUACAUUUUUUAUCAUAUGGUUACCUUUCAUUAAAAGUUGGGAAACGUUUGUAAGUGUUGUUCUUCGAUUAUUUCCAGUUUCUAGAGGUGUAUUCGAAGAUAAAGUUGCUAAUAUUUGGUGCACAAUCAAUGUAAUUUUUAAAUUACGUAAUAAUUUUGCAAACAAGGAAUUAGCCAAAAUUUGUUUAAUGUUAACUACAUUUGCAGUUUCACCGAGUUGCAUAAAUCUAUACUUAAAUCCACAGAAAGAGAAGUUUGUUAUUUCUCUUAUUAACUGUGCAUUAGCAUUUUUCCUGUUUUCGUUUCAAGUUCAUGAAAAAUCAAUUCUACUUGUUGCAAUUCCAGUUUUAUUGUAUUUUCAAAGCAAUUUAUUUCCUUGUUUUUGGUUUUUAAUAAUUUCACACUUUAGUAUGUUACCAUUAUUUAUAAAAGAUGGUUUGUACAUGGUAUAUUGGUCUACAUUAAUCUUUUAUUUCAUUUUUGUUUUAUGGGCAUAUUCUGAUGUGUUCGAUUACAGCGAAUUGUUGAGUAAUAUUAACUUAAAAAAGAAUGUGCUUAUAACCAAUCAAAUUAAAGCAAAGCUAAAAAACAAUGAGAAUAAAUCAAUAUUUAUCAAAUUAAAAAGAGAUAUGAUACGUUAUAAGAAUAUUUUUGUUGUUGUAAGUUCUACUCUAUCUUUUUGGAAAAUAAUUCUGUUUUAUUGUUCGAUUCUAGGAAUAAUAAUGCUUUCUCUUAUUAGUGGUUUUUUGAAACCUCCAAAGAGGUAUCCAGAUCUUUUUGCAUUAUUAGUUUCUGUCUAUUCCUGUGGACACUUUAUUGCUUUCUAUUUAUACUUUAAUUACAAACAAUUUGUAUGUGAAAAAUAUUAAAAAUUGAAAUAAAUCAGAAAAACAACUUAA